GGCUGACUGGGGAAAAUGCAAAAUGACAUAUAGCAAAUGUCGGAGCAUAAUUCAUUCACAUUUUCGGCUCAAAUUCGGACUUAAAUCGCACCGCUGGAGCUCCAAUGUAACGAUGGCUCGUUAGGGCUGGUGGCGCAACUGCGAUUUUUUUGAUAUUUUAAUUUAUGAAAAAUCACAUUCACAGACAAAUAUUGCUUUCAACAUGGGGCUGUGCUACAGUUUGCGUCCCCGGCUCUUCGGGGACCUGAGCGGGUCUAUCUCCAACGCUACCUCGGACUCUGACCAGCCUCCGGACGCCGCCGUGCCGACCCGCGCCGGGGGAGCUCGUCAAGAGGACACCGGGGGAUGCGGGGAGACUUCGUCGCUACGCGGCGGCGGUGGCGGCCCGGUGCGCCCCGGGGACCCUGCCAGGCUCCCAGCCGGGGAGCACCGCCGUGGAGACACCGGUACCGACGGUGUGCUCAUACAAAACGGAGGCGGCGGCGGUGGUGGUGGUGGAGGUGGAGGUGGAGGAGGAGGCGGCGGCGGUGGUGGUGGUGGUGGCGGUGGAGGAGGCAGCGGCAAGGGGACAGGGAAGGACCGCGGCCGACGCUUACAGCUGCUGCAAAAGACUAGCACCCAAAAGCAGAAAAACUGGGACAAACUGCUGGUGGAGGAGAAGGAGGCCGAGAAGGAGGCGAAGAAAGUCAGUAAGAAUAUUGACAGGGCGCUGAAGGAGCUGAAACGGGAGUAUAAACAGACGCAUCGGCUGCUGCUGCUCGGUGCGGGAGAGUCCGGAAAAAGCACCAUUGUGAAGCAGAUGAGGAUUCUACACGUCAACGGCUUCAACGCGGAAGAAAAGAAACAGAAAAUCCAAGAUAUUCGGAAAAACGUGAAGGAUGCCAUAGUGACUAUAGUGUCUGCGAUGAGCACUUUAAUACCCCCUGUCCCGCUAGCCAACCCAGAGGACCAAUUCAGAAUCGAAUACAUCAAAAGCAUAGCACCUCUUUCUGACUUUGACUAUUCACAGGAGUUCUUUGAUCAUGCAAAGAAGCUGUGGGAUGAUGAAGGAGUGAAGGCAUGCUUUGAGAGGUCCAAUGAGUACCAGCUCAUCGACUGCGCACAAUAUUUCCUGGACAGAAUUGACUCUGUAAGACAGAGCGACUACACACCAACGGACCAGGACCUGUUACGCUGCCGAGUGUUAACUUCAGGGAUUUUCGAGACGAGGUUCCAAGUAGACAAAGUGAACUUUCACAUGUUUGAUGUUGGGGGCCAGAGAGAUGAAAGGAGAAAAUGGAUCCAGUGCUUUAACGACGUCACUGCUAUCAUCUUCGUGGUGGCCAGCAGCAGCUACAACAUGGUAAUAAGGGAAGACAAUAACACCAACAGGCUACGGGAAGCCCUGGACCUCUUCCGCAGUAUUUGGAACAACAGAUGGUUACGCACUAUAUCGGUCAUAUUAUUCCUGAACAAGCAGGACAUGCUGGCUGAGAAAGUAUUAGCUGGAAAAUCCAAAAUUGAAGACUACUUCCCUGAAUAUGCUCGCUACACCAUACCAAAUGAAGCAACUCCUGAACCUGGCGAAGACCCGAGAGUGACGAGAGCUAAGUUCUUCAUCCGAGACGAGUUUCUUCGGAUCAGCACUGCGAGCGGCGACGGCAGACACUACUGCUACCCCCACUUCACCUGUGCCGUGGACACAGAGAACAUCCGGCGGGUGUUCAACGACUGCCGGGACAUCAUCCAGAGAAUGCACCUGCGGCAGUACGAACUCUUGUGAUGGGAGACCGCCUCCGUCAGCCUUCUGUGUUUUUUCUCCACCAUUCUGCAUCCUUGACAAACCCUUCCUCCUACUCCUGCUCCUCCUCCUCCUCCUCACCCUGAACCUUCACCCUUCUCCUCCCCCAAAGAAACCCUCAACAAGCCCUGACCACCCCUCCUGUCGAGGACUAUGAAGUACUACUGAAGUGUGUCAAAUCCUCUUCCUCUUCUUAACUUCUUAGCUUUUUGUACUUCUUUUUUUUUUUCUUUUUCUCUGAGACCGAUUCAUCCCCAUUUCACCGAUGUAAAAGGAAGGUUGGGGAACAAAGUUGUUGCGUGCCGCUUUUAUUUUUUUUUCUCUUUUACUCCUUCCUUUUGAAUGCCUUGAUUUUUGUCAUUCCACUAAGCCUUGGGCUACCUCCUUUUUUUUUUUUUUUUCGCCCCUUCUUGUCCUUCUGUUUUUUUUGGCUUUGUCAUUGGACCUGGACUGGUGGGUGUGGAUACAUACAAACACACCUACAGGACCUCAGUGUAGAGGCAGCGUGUGUGUUAAUGUGUGUGUGUGUGUAAUGACGAGUAGGAGGAAUGCCAUGUGAGCGAGUGCAUGUGUGUGUGUUUAUGUUUGUGUGUCACCUGCUGGUUAAAGCUGGCAUCACCACCAUGACCUUCGCCCCGUCUCUUUUUGUUUUUUGUUUUUUUUUGCCCCAUCACCCCCUCCGGCCUGAUUCUUCUCUCCACGUGGAAGACGACUGGACGCUGAAGAAACCGGAGAGGACGGAGGGGAACCCGAGCGGAUGAAGAGAUAAAUGCACUUUGCAUCAGGUUCCUUAAUAACUUUUUUUUUUUUUUGGUUGUUGUUGUUGUUGUUGUUUUUUCUCCAGAGGAAGCAUACACACAAUGUAGCAUCACAAUAUUUAUUACCCUGUCACGAUGUUAGCUUGCCGAGCUGCAGAGGGUGGACCGAGCAGCCGAGAGACAUGUGGAGCGAAAGAUUAUACGACGGAAAUACGACGACGACGACAUGAAGGAAAGGGGACUGAGCUCUCUGCACCUUAGCCCUGCUGCCUCCACGGACUCGGACCUGCCUCCUUUUUCCACACAAACCAUCCUUUUAGCUUAGAGAUACUGAUGG